AUGUUCAAGCUUGCGCCCCUCAAAAGCUUGCGACAAGUGGCUGUGCCAAAUGACUGGUUCAGCGAGGAAAACUUGAGAUUCUUGCUUCAUGCUCCACAACCAUGUGCUUGGGUUGUCAAAAGCUCGGCCUCUAGCUCUGGCACAACUGGCUUCCUGAUCAGCGUUCCCACUCCAACCUUGCUGGAGUACUUCAAGACGAAGCCCCAGCUCAAAUCAUUAGGAGAAGCCACGGCCUGGCAAGACCUCGAGCCACCUUCCGGGGAUGUCACCAACGCAUUUGCUCGGUGGUGUGCCUUACGCUUGAUAAAUCAUGGCAUUCCCGUUCGUGGAGCUACUGUCCUGUUGCAACCCACGUCGCGCCACAACGACAACGACAACGGCAACGGCAACGACAACGACAACGACAACGACAACGACAACAGCUUUGGAUGCACAGAACGAGAGUUGAUGCACUUUGGCGUUGAAGCAGCCGUGUUGCCCGAGACCGACAACAGUGUCCGGGGCACAUCUUGGCUGGUUCUGCGCUUUACCCCCGUCGAGCCCGACUGCAUGUUGGUACCUCAUCGGUUGAGCCCCCACCAAAUGCAGUAUCCUCGCAGCAUGCUGGAGUUGGCACAGCUGUACUCGCGUGCCAUGCGGCCGCCGUCCCCUGAUGCAUCUCCAAUCACACCAGCGGAAGGCAUCACGCCCCGAGACGUGUCAGCGAGCACCUUUUUACACAGACUACCUCGUAAAGCUGAGCUAGUAGCCUUCUCAGCAAGUACAACCGAUGGUGACGGAGACGGCACUCUCACUGCCACAUCUGAUUUGGUCAAAAAACUACGGCGACACCCUCGCGUCGACGUGCUUCAACAACUGCACAGAUCAGCGCAGCAAGGCUCGCUCGAACCAGCCUACAAAGCCCCAAAGUAUCUUAGCCAGAAACGCGCUAAGCUGCCCAACCAUGGUGGAAAGAGUUCGAUGGGGCCGCGAACUUCACCCAAACCCAUGACCAAGACUGCAGCGCUCCGCGCCAAGGGUCGUUUAGCAGCAUCCCCCAUGGACUUUUCAGGCCACCGUAACUCAACAACCAACGAUAGCCAUCCGGCUACCCCUGCAGUACCCAACACGCUGACGCCAGGGUCGGAGCCAUUGGCACAUGAUUCCACUUUGGCCAAGCCAUUGUCGGUCACCUCAGGCGCGUCGGAUUCGCUCACCCCUGUACCAGGCCCACAAGCGUUUGUACCGCCACAACCUGCGCCCCCGCUGACCACACAAGCAUCUGCAGACCAGGGCAUGUCAUCUUUCCACCAGUCCAUCCGUGCAGGCACGAUGGACUCGGCCCCUCCCGUUGUGGACACAACGGAGGCAUCUCCCUACAACCCGCAUGCCUGCUUGGAUGGCACCGGUGCCGGUAUCGAGGACGGACUCGGUGGUCCGCGUGCCAAGAGCGCGGAUGCAUGUGCCCUCAACUUUGCUACAUCCUUGAUCCAGCACCCAGCCCUGUUUGGCCCCAUGCACGAUCAUGGCAGAGUGUCCGCUGAUGCUCUCUCUGACACUCACUCGGUUGACCCCCUUAUUCCCUCUUGUUAUCGCGCAGACCCUUCCUAUAUUCCGGCCUCGCACUUGAGCCGGGUGGUUCAUGCCAGCUAUAUCGCUCGGCAAGCCAGCUUGCUCCCCACCAACGCAGUGCCAACAGGAAUGGCAGCAACCGCGGCAAGCAAAAGUACCGCGUGUGAUAAUCUCAAGCCGUCCCCUGUUGCGUGGCGACUCAGCAGGGGAUAUGCAUUGUGUGCCAAGCCUGUUUCGCGGCGUGCGCGUCACCUUGCCAAACGGUCGCAGCAACAAAGCCAGUUGGCCGUGCAGGCACCGCGCGUGAAGGUUGAAGCAGUUGAGCUGGACCGAAUCUCAGGCGUCCACAGCCACUCUGGAAUGCAGCGUUUGAUUGAUCCUUUCUUUCUCGAAUUGUACCCUCCUCGCCCACCCCCAACCAUCGCCAACGUAUCCUCACGCGUCUGGCGCCAAACUCAGCGCAUGGCCAUGCAUGGGGCUCAGAAGGCGCUGGCGCCACUUGAGAGCGUGGACAGCGCUGUCUUUGAGGGCACCUCCGUGCAGCCCUUGGAUGAUCCUGACGUUGUGACCAAGCACCCCAUUUUCGACCAUAUCCAAGUCUCUGCCUCCGCCUUACCCUUGCUGGGUCGGAUGGGGUGCCACCCCAUCGCCCCUCCCUGCAACCUACGAUCCUUGGUGGUAGUUGACGCGCACAUGGAAAGCCUGGCCACACAGCAGCUCAUGGAGACGCUUUCAAAUGCCGCAGGGCAGUACAAGCAGGGUGGUCAUGGCUCAUGGGAGCUCUUGGACGACGCCAUCUUGACCCUCUCUCCCGAGGCCAGCCAAGACCCAAGCGACGCUGUGACCGAGCUUCGUGCUCGCGUUCAGGCCGAGGUGGCUUCUUGGGAUAAUGUGGACCCUGACACCUUCCAUCUCCUGAUCAUCUCCUGUGUGCCACACUUAAACCUGGGUCAAGCCCUGCAGGGGACAGCUGCGCCUGUCAUGCCACAAAACCUGCAUCUUGUACCCCAGCCCUUCUUGUUGAAGCCUCGCUAUCAGCGCGGCGUACUGCGCAUGAGUGAGCUGGAGACGCUUUGUCAGGAGCUGUACGCCACGCUGGGACGACGCUCAGGCACUUCUAACGGUGCCAUGACGACUGUCAUCAGCAAUCGCCAAUUCUCUUUGGCUUCACUCAUGAAUGAUCGCACCGAGUUGUGUGCCGUGGACGGACGACUCAAGUUUUUGCCUCGCUUGCGCGUGCUGCACGUGGCCAUUGAUAUCAGACCCAACGAGGACGGGUGUGUUUGUGUGUACACAGACGCCAAGGCAACUUUUACAGAGCAUGUCAAGCUUGGGGCCGGCCACCGAACUCCAGAGGCCAUCGCCCAUGACGUCAUUGCGCGCUGCGGCCAUGUGGUGCAGCUGAGCCGACUCCACUGGCACAUUGUAGCAGUUGUGACGGCACGAAGCCAGCACCUUGCUCCUGCUCUGCGUGCUGCAUUUCACCUGGAACAGUGGCAGGACGAGAACCAUUCCAUUUUGAGUUUGACAUGUUUGGUGCAAGAUCCACAUGGCAGCCUGUGUCAUCCGGACACUCGUGCAGAGGCACAUUCAAGAGUUUUGCCCUGCUUGCCAUCAGAGCAGCUUCCUGCCGGCAUUGGUAUAGAGACUGGCGUUGGAGACGAGCGAGUUCUGGUCUUGGCGCGUUUGGGUGUGCAAAUGCGCUAUCGCUUGCUCUUUUGCAAGCGGGCAGAAGGAAACGGUGCGCAGGCACGGCACUCCCCCAUGGACGACGAUGAGUCAACUAUGCUCCACUUUGUGGCUCAACAAUUCUACAACCUCGGCGCAUUAACCACCGCCCCUGGCUCAAGCACCGCGUCUGGCGCUCUGGUGCCCUUUCACCUGUUUGAGGCUUCGAGCAUCUAACCGUCGUGUCUGCGUGCCCCCAUUCUUUUCUUGUCCAUGCCCAGGUCGUGACGGUCGAGCUAGAAUGUUUCACAAACAAAUUGAAUUCAGAACUAC